AUGCGAUAUUUAUCUCGUUUAUUUCAGCCUUUUAUCACAAUACCAAAGAAUGCUACGCUCAAAAACACUGAAAUAACAUGCAAAAGUCAAAAGCUUCUCCUAGAAUGUGGUCUUAUACGCCCCACCAGUUCCGGUCUUUUCGCAAUACUGCCACUAGCUCGACGAGCACUAGAUAAGCUUGAAUCACAGAUUAGACUGUGUAUCGAAGAGGCGGGGGCACAGCGGGUGUCUCUACCGUCUUUAACAGCUGCCUCCUUGUGGGAGAAGACGGGUAGACUGCAAGCUGUAGGACCAGAGUUAAUGAAAAUGGAAGAUAGACAUGGCAAAAAGUAUUUGUUAGCUCCGACACAUGAAGAGGCAUUAGCGGAUCUGUUUGCAGAUGUUGGUCCUUUAUCUUAUAAACAGCUUCCAUUGCUACUGUAUCAGAUUAGCAAUAAAUAUAGAGACGAACACCGCCCCAAGCAUGGUAUGCUGCGAGCCAGAGAGUUCUCCAUGUUGGACGCGUAUGGGGCCCAUGACUCCAUGGACAGCGCCCUGCAGGUGUACGGAACUGUGACUGAGGCGUACCAGCGCCUAUUCAGCAGACUCCACCUGCAAGUACACAGAGUGUCAGCGCCAUCUGGUGACAUGGGUGGUUCAGUAUCCCACGAGUGGCAGCUGCCGGCCGCCGCUGGAGAAGACCAGUUGGGGGUCUGCGAGAACUGUCAGCAUGCCACUCUAGACAGCGGCGAGACUUGUACCCAGUGCGGGAAAACGGUCCAAAAUGUUAAUAGUAUUGAGGUGGGACACACAUUCAUCUUAGGAACUAAGUACAGCUCACCUCUUCAAGCUCACCACACGCCCUCCAGUGGGCCGCCAGAACCGAUCAUCAUGUCUUGCUACGGCAUUGGUAUUACCAGGUUGCUGGCGGCUAGUCUAGAAGCACUCUCCAGCGAGAAGAGCCUAAGGUGGCCUAAACCCAUCGCUCCGUACAGCAUCUGCAUCAUAGGUCCUAAGGAAGGUUCCAGGGAGUGGCAGUCCCACGGCUGGGACGCCAUCUGCCGGCUGCACGACACAAUCUCCCACUCGACGGAGUACAAAAAUGAUAUCGUAGUAGACGACCGUCAUAACCUGACUAUCGGCAAGAGACUCAUGAUGGCUGACAGAAUGGGUUACCCGUACAUCGUGGUAUGCGGCAGAUCUACCCAAGAAUCUCCCCCAAAGUAUGAAGUGUACACUUCUGAUGCUGUCAGCACCACGAGCGUUCAACUGCUGACUUUGGACGAUUUGAUAUGUUUUACUGGGAACGGGAGAAACGAUCAAAAUAAAAUAAAGACUAACGCUUAA